GAUACUAGAAAAAGCGUCGAAGUUGAAGCAGUGCCGUAAGAAUCUAUAAUGUUGCCACCAUGUUAAAUACAGAAUUUCAUUUUAUUUAUUUGCUUUUCAAUCAGGUCCUACACCGGAAGAGUUGGCGGAAAUGGAAAGAAUUGAAACUGAAAAACGACUUGAAAAAGAAAGGAAAGCAAGAGAAGAGCGGGAGAAACGAGAUGCCGAGGAAGCCGCUGAGCGACAACGAAGAGAAGAAGAAUGGCGUGUGCGAUUGUCGGAGGUCAAACGCCAAGAGCAAGAGUUGUUAGAAAAUCAGUCCAUUCCAUUGAGGAACUAUCUCAUGAAGCACGUUAUGCCGACACUUGCGCAAGGCCUUAUAGAGUGCUGUAAAAUGCGCCCUGAUGAUCCAGUUGAUUUUGUGGCGGAGUAUCUCUUCAAGAACAACCCACAGAUCGAUUGAAUAAGUUACGUAAUAAUUGUACAGUUGAAUGACAGUCACUGAGGAAACAUGUUAGCCUUCUGACGUUUUAUGAACAUACCACGCUGAUUUUAGUUUAGUCGUGUAAAAUUAACCGUAGAAAAUGUGAUGAGCAAUUGUCUUGUUAAGUUACACGUUCUAUUGUUGUAAAUAAAUCUUGAAUAUUAAAGUUGGUCAGCUUGUAUAAUCUUUCCCUUGAUAUUAAACUGACUCCUUGAGAUUACAGUUCACAAGAAAAUAUAGCAUGACAUCGACUCACAGAAAAACAGGAGAAACUGUUCUCCACGGGGGAAAAUGGGUACGGCCACAUGAAGUCUAGCUGCUGCUAUCAUGCAUGGCAUUAAGCAUAACUGGGUCUUACCUUCUUAACCCGUUUUUUUUAACAGCGACUUAGUUCGCAUCUUCUUGAGCCAACCGCGUACAGCGUUCGCUACCAAACACUGUUUGAUGCAACUUGUUUCGGGCUAGUCUGAGAGAGUUGCGUGGCAGGAUUUUCUUUUAGGUGUCACUUGACGGGAGAGAAUGAGCGCAUUUGUAAUCAAUGACAAAAGCUAUGAUGUAUGUAAAAUAGAGGGGUUAUUCAACCGAGUGUCGUAAAACCAAAACCAAAGUAUAACAAUACAGUGAACCAAUCAAAACUCGAAUUAAAUACUACAUGCAGCUGUCGCUAAGCGCGGGAAAACGUGUACGAAUAGCCACGAUUAGUUUUGGGUUUUUCAGUCUGAUUGGAUGAAAAAGUGGCGCGAGUUUUUUAAGCCAAUCGCGUAGCUUGGUAGCGCAACACCAAGUACUUUUCGACACUCAACUGAAAACCCUGAAUAUGAUUAUAGAAAUGUUUUAGUUAUGGGUAAGUUAUGUGACUCGCAGUGAUUGCCACUCAAGUCAAAACCGCCCUAUAUGAUUAAAAUGUGUAAAUGAUUGAUUAGUUAUGCAUCACUUCCAAUGAUCGCCAAGGGGAUAACAAAAUAAAAGUAAACAAUAGAACAAAUGAAAGAAGAGAUUAAUAACAACAGUAAGAGAAAAUAGUAGUCUGUCAUUAGCACAAGCUUGGUGGUUUUUCCGAAGAAACUUCACUUCUUUAAGACUUUUAGUGUGGAUAAGUACGGUCUGGUUCCGGUACAAAGCCGAGCAGAACUUGGAAAUAACACUUACUGGGAACGAAACGAGGAAAUAUUAUAUUGUGGAAGCAUGUGCAACCAUAAACUUACUGAACUAUCGUAGAACGAAGAGUCAAGCAUCUUUGAGUACGAGCUAAUUUAACUUGCAGGCUGCACCAAAACAAUCUAGUCGUAACGCCAUGGAAAUCAGUGAUUUUAAAUCGCUUGCUGCGGUCGAAGGAGCAGAAAAUUAUCAAGAGGCAGCCAUCAUUCUGGAGGGACCACCGAUUGAAAUCUUCGCCCAACGCGCUGCUCCUACAGUAGUAAUGAAACCGCUGCGACAGAAGCAGGGUAGGUUUUACUUUGAAUGUAAAACUAACACAGGCGGGUAUAUGCAGCUGGGAUGGGCGGAUGAGAGCUUCAGAGCCGUCGCUGAUGAAGGAAAGGGCUGUGGCGACGAUGCGCAUUCAUGGGCAUACGAUGGUAUGAGACGUUUGAAGUGGCACAACAACAUGAAGGAACAAUAUGGACGACGGUGGAAAGCGGGAGAUAUAAUUAGCCUGGCUGUCAAUUUAGAGGACAAAGAAGUGAGCUUUGGCUUAAAUGGCGACUGGGAGGGUGAAAUGGGGUGCGCUUUCUCUGGAGUUACAUUCGAGGGAGCUGUUUACCCAUGCAUGUCCCUCAUGAGAGGAGAGAGGGUGCAAAUCAACCUAGGGACCGAAACGAACCCCUUCGUUUACCCCCCUCCAGAAGGGUUCCUUCCUUUGACAGUGACGCAUCCAGUUGUUAACCUGGAGAAUGAAUACAACAGGUUUUCGAGCUUUGCGCACGUGGUACAGAUGGGGCUCGCAGAGAGUAGCUUUACUGUAUCCUUCCCCGGUGAGAUCAUGGUGACAAUGAUGAGACGAGGACUUGAAUAUGAGGGCAAAAAGAAUGCGCUCAUUCAUGCAGGUUACGAGGAAACGCUUAAGAAAUGGCUCGAAGCGAGAGAGACAAUCGAAGCCAAUUUAGGCCGCUCUGGCUUGACAAAAGACGAGAUUUUCGCCGUUAUUUGUUACACGCUUGAAAAACCACCGGUUUAUCGCCAUUUCAACGGCGACACAAGAAAAGGAUAUACCGGUGAUGGCAUGGAUUUUCCAAUUUUAUCAUACCUGCUACGAGAGGCUUGCAGAAAAAUCCUCGCCGCCACGCCCAAAGAAAAUCGGACAAGAAUUGUUUACAGGGGUGUCACUGUUAAAUUUGCCGCCGAACCUGGCCAGAUAGUCCGGUUUGGUUCGUACACUUCGACUACAGGGAAUAUUUCAGUGGCAGAAGAUUUCCAGAAAAAUUCAACAGGGAGUCAAUUCGUUAUUGUUACCAAAAUUGGAGCAUCGAUUAAAAUGUUGUCCGCUUAUCCUGAGGAGGACGAAGUUCUUCUUCCGCCUUAUGAGGUGUACAAGGUUCACAGAGUAGAGGAAGCGCCUUCCAGAAUUUACUUAACGAGUUGUUUCGAUGACUCGUUUGUCGAGAAGUAUGUUGUCGACGGCAAUGCGGUUGGUGAAGCAGAGGCACUCGUGAAAAAGUUGACAGAAUAGUGAAAAAGACUUCCUUCGCUGCCAUUAGCACUUACAUGUUAGGGGUUCUUGUAAUACUAUAUUCAAUUACCAUUAUACCGUAAACUGUUGCUUAUAAAACCUGGUCUUAUACAAUUUCGU